ACCUUCUUUGAUUUUCUGGCAGCAUCAGGAUUAGUAGCAGAUAGUAACUUCCUUAGCCGAGGCACCCUGAGCAGAAACCACUGCAAGAUCUCAGCUGCAGAGCUUAGUGACGAACAGACAGACAGAAUAGACUGCCUGUGGACAGUGUGUUGUACAAUAUCGUGUCUUGCCAUAGCCUAACUGUGGAUAAAUAGAGUCCUGUUAGUUGUGAUAUCUGUUUAAUGCUUGCAUGAUGAGAAGGUGAACUGCAUCCUUGUCUCUGAAGAAAACAUAAUACAUGCAUGGGCUAAUGGUCUGCAGUGCACGCAGGCACACUCUGCAGCAGAUCUAAAAGCAUUUUGGGGACGUUGGAGUAUCUUGGAUUUGCUGACUAGAAGAAAUGUACUGUAGUUAGCCUUACAAGGGAGAAUACUGACCUCAACACACAUUAUGUUGGGCAAAGAUUAUAUGUUGGCAAUCAUUAUCGUCAAUUACGACGAUAAUCUGUGGAAUGACCAGAACUUGGAUUCUGACCCAGAUCUUCCUCAUGGCUGGAGGACAAUCCGAGAUUCAACUGGCACAUAUUACUGGCAUGUGCCAACUGGGACCACACAGUGGCAACACCCUUCAUUCACCUCUACUAUAGAACAUAGCCUGGAUACAGACUUUCAUUCCAUAGAUGGAAAGGAUCGGUCCAAAACUGCCAUGGCACAUUGUUCUGAAGGUGCAAAACUGGAAAGCCAAGGGCAAGCUGCGACUAAAAGAAUAUCUCUGCCUUGGCAAGAUGAAGAAUUCUCACAGAGCUUUGGUGAAGCAGGCUCCAAGUGUUUCGCAGUGCGUUCUUUGGGGUGGGUGGAGAUACCGGAGGAAGAUCUAGCACCAGGAAAAAGCAGUAUUGCAGUCAAUAACUGCAUCCAGCAGUUAUCUCACAGCAAAUGUGAAGGACGUGAUGCCAUCGGUGCUUGGGGAGAGGGACAAGACAUGGUGAUGAUUUUAAAGAAAGACACACUAAGUUUGGUGGAUCCAGUUGACCACACGCUAAUUCACUGUCAACCAAUCAUAAAUAUCAGAGUUUGGGGUGUUGGCUGCAACUAUGGAAGAGACAGAGAUUUCGCAUUUGUGGCAAGUGAUAAAGACACAUGUAUGCUCAAGUGUCAUGUUUUCCGCUGUGAUGUUCCCGCUAAAGCAAUUGCUACCGCCUUGCAUGACCUCUGUUCCAAGAUCAUGGCAGAACGUGCAAUAAUGUGUAAACCGAUCCUGAAGCGAUCCAUCACAAUGGAGAGUAUUUCCCCUGAGGAUUUGCCUCUGCAAGUUGAUAUCCUAGAUGCAGUAAGGCAGACUACACAAAAGUUCGAAGUACUUUUUAUUGGCAGCUUGCCAGUUUCUAAACCAAUGGGUAUGGAUAUUCUGAACAGUUCUAUUGACAAGCUAUUAAACAUAACAGAUCGAAGACUGUGGGAGCCUGCCCUUAUACGUGUGUCUGAGUCUACCGUGACAGUGCAGCAGGGAGAGGCCACUGAUGAUGAUGUCAUAUGGGAGUGCCAGGUUCGAUAUCUAACAUUUAUUGGAGUUGGAAAAGAUGCCCGUACAUUUGCUGUGAUUGUAGAUACAGGUUGCCAGCGCUUUGAGUGCCGUGUUUUUUGGUGUGAACCUGAUGCUGGAAAUGUGUCAGAAUGCAUACAAGCUGCAUGCAUGGUUCAGUACCAGAAAUGUCUGGUUGCAAAAGCCCCUUCUGUCAAGACAAAAUCGUCCCACUCAAAAAUGGGUUCUAAACUGAAGAGAACAACCUCUGUGGAUCCCUCAUCUCAUUCAGGACACUCUGUACAGAAGCACAGAAGUUCAAGUGUAAAACGGGGAGUGAUGUCAUUAUUUGACUCUCUGAAACAAAAACAAUCAGUAUGACAGAUGCCUUAGCCUCCUACCAGACUUUGGAUCACAGAUUGUAUCAGCUGUUCAGCUAUGGAAAAUACCUGCUGACUAGAGUAGUUCUGAAAUAUGUACAUUGAUUCCCCAUCUCUUUCUCAUUGCCAGCCUAAAUAUUUCAAACCAAAAUAUAUUGCUAGUACAGGAAUAUUGUGCAGAACUUUACAUCUGGAUGUAGUCUGCAGUUUGUGUUUCAACUCUCCAAAUGGUUGCUAGACAUUUAAUGCCUAAUGAAUGGUUGAUAUGAGGUUAUACUUCCUGAUUAAUGGUGUACAUGAGUUUUUUAAUGGAGAUGACUAGGAAUAGGAUGGCACAGUGUUUGGUUUUCUGAUUUAGUUCCUAGCUGGGUGUCUCCUGUAUGGAUUUGCAUGUCCUUACUGUGUACAUUUGGGUAUUUGUUGGAAUAACCUGUUUGCUGCCACUCCCAAAGAAAUGCAGGUAAGUGAAGUAACAAUGCUCAAACUGCCUUUGUGGUGUGUAUGCAUAUGGUUUUUGUCCUCAUCAGGACUAGCUCUUGCCUUAUGCCUGGUGUUUGCCUGAACAGACUCCAGUUUCCUGUGUCUCAGAAUAGGAUAAAUCCGAUAUUGAAAAUGAGUAGUUGGAUGACAAUUAACUGUAUUAUUUGGAAAACAUGUCAGUUUAUUAAAUGGCUUUAAAUGGAA